UGUAACAACAAUAAUAUUAUUGAUUAUUAAUAAAAAAAAUAAUGGAAAAAAGCGAAGACAUAUCAGAAACGCAGGAUGAAGAGCAACAGCCACCUCCGACCACCGCAGUAUCGGGUCAAAUAAAGGCCAUUUCAAAGGAUACAGUCCACAAAAUCUGCUCCGGACAGGUGGUUCUUAGCUUGGCAGUGGCGGUGAAGGAGCUGGUGGAGAACUCUAUUGAUGCGGGUGCCACUCUGGUGGAGAUCAAGCUGAAGGAUCAGGGAUUACAAGGCGUAGAGGUCAGCGACAAUGGGAGUGGCGUGGAGGAAGCGAAUCUGGAGGGGAUGACUGCUAAGUACCACACCUCCAAAAUCCGAGAAUUCGUGGAUCUGUUGGGCGUGGAAACCUUUGGAUUCCGAGGAGAGGCUCUAAGUUCACUUUGUGCCUUGUCGGAUAUGGUCAUCCAAACGCGGCACGAGUCCACCGAAGUAGGCGUCAAAAUGGAACUGGACCACGAGGGAAAGAUCAAAAAGCGUUCCCCUUGUGCUCGUGGAGUGGGCACGACUGUAACGUUGUCAAACUUGUUUGCCACUCUGCCCGUUCGUCGAAGAGACUUCACCCGCAAUAUCAAAAAGGAGUUCACCAAGAUGUGUCAGAUCCUGCAGGCUUACUGUUUGGUCACCAAAGGGGUGCGCAUCCUCUGCAGCAAUCAAACUCCCAAGGGAGUCAAAACGGUGGUGCUCCAAACGCAUGGAAACCAGGAGGUUCUGGCCAAUAUAUCCUCCAUAUUUGGGGCACGCCAGGUGGCGGAUCUAGUUCCUUUAAAAUCACCCUUUGAGCAUGGUAAACUAAGCGAGGCAGAAUUGCGGGCCGAUAUUGAAUCCUCUGCAGAUGCUGAUACCACUUGCCCUCAAAUCAGCGCCGAAGAUGUGGAGCGUCUUAAUCAAGCUGAUUUCCAACUAGAGGGGUUUAUUUCCAGCUGUCGGCAUGGCGCUGGGCGUUCUACCAGAGAUCGACAGUUUUUCUUUGUCAACUCAAGGCCUUGUGAUCCAAAAAAUAUAGCUAAGGUUAUGAAUGAGGUAUACCAUCGCUACAACGUUCAACAGCAGCCGUUUAUUUACCUUAACAUUGUCACCGCUCGCUCCGAUGUAGAUGUGAAUCUCACUCCCGACAAACGGCAGUUGUUGAUCAACAACGAAAAGAUUCUCCUGUUGGUGUUGAAGAAGUCCUUGCUCGACACUUUCGGCCAGACGCCAGCUACCUUUCAGAUGCAAAACACCACCAUUGUAAGCAUGCUGGAGCCUAAACUAAGGCAGGAGAAAACCGAGUCCCCAAAAGAAAUUAGCAAGGAAUCAAAGAAUGAAGAGUCAGACGAUGAAGAUGUUCCCAUCAGCUCUUCGCAGAGGUUCAUGGAUGUGCUCACCCAAUGGCGUCGCACUGGAGACACAAAAGGUACGGCACCAUCGGUUCCUCUAAAGCGCCGCUGCAGUGAAACAGAGGAGUUAACCACGCGCACCAUGAAAAUGCAAAAAAUACAUACUUUCCUUAGCCAAGAAUCUCCAAAGCAUCAAAACUCCAAAUGCGAGUCGGAAUCAGAGGGAGCGAGUGAUAAUGAAAAGGCAAAGGAGAACAAGGAGCGGGUCAAUCUUGAUGACAGUUUUCUUAACCUGAAAGAAAUGGCCAAGGAGUCGGAAGCUUACGAUCAAUUUACGCAGCCAGCCAAGCAGAUAGAUCGCAUUGAUUGCAAGGUUCUUACGCCAGUUAAAAGUCGGAGAAGUAUUGCCGCGUUUAAGCCACAGUCUAAGGCACUAACCAAAGAACAGUCUCCGCCAAGAUCAACCCCGGAUCCUCCCAGCUUAUCUCAGUUAUCCGAAGAAACAAAAAUUGCUAGCGACGAUGAUGAUGAUAUUGAGCUUCCCACAAGGGUUGAGUUUGACGAGGAGGCGGAUGAGGGACCGCCUGAUAGUUUUUCAAGCAGUGAACUGUGCACCACUAUAGAGGAGAUUGCGGCCUCUUUGAAAGCCCAGGAACAGCAGCAGCGGGAUCGAAGGGCUCGAGCCAAGCUGCAACGUUUGCGCUUCAAAACCGAGAUUAAUCCUAACCAGAACAACAACGCAGAGGCGGAACUGCAAAGGGAGAUUGGGAAGGAGGACUUCGCCCGCAUGGACAUCAUAGGACAGUUCAACCUUGGCUUCAUCAUAGUCAAACUUGAGGAUGAUCUCUUUAUUGUGGAUCAGCAUGCCACUGAUGAAAAGUAUAAUUUCGAAACGCUGCAACGCACCACUCAAUUGGAGUAUCAGCGCUUGACAGUUCCCCAAAAUCUCGAACUGACAGCGGUUAAUGAAAUGGUGGUCAUAGAUCACCUGCCUGUGUUCGAAAAGAACGGCUUUAAGUUUGAGAUCAAUCAUGAAGCUCCUGCUACAAAAAAGGUGCGACUUCUGGGAAAGCCGCACAGUAAACUCUGGGAGUUCGGCAAGGAAGACAUAGACGAACUUAUCUUUAUGCUACAGGAUGCCCCUGAGGGAACCAUUUGCCGACCAUCUAGGGUGAGAGCUAUGUUUGCUUCAAGGGCUUGCCGCAAGUCCGUGAUGAUUGGCACUGCGCUAAACAGGAAUACAACAAUGAGGAGACUCAUCACACAAAUGGGGGAAAUCGAUCAGCCUUGGAACUGUCCACAUGGACGUCCCACUAUGCGUCACCUCAUUAAUAUCACAAUGGUGAUGGACAAUGAUGAAGAGGAGGAGGAUGCUCCUUCGGUACAGCAAAAGCCAGAACGGAUUUCAGAUUCAGAUAGCUUGCAGGCCAAUGAUGAAGAUGCAUGUUAAAUUAUUGUUGCAGUUUUUAUUUUAUUUAACUUUCCUUUUGAGCCACUAAGUAUACUUCAUUGUUCUGUAAAUGCUUACUUGAGUAACGAUUAAACGACAGGAUCAGA